CAAGAGAUGACCUUACUGCUACAGACGAUAGUGUUGAUUUGUGCCGUCACGGUGAGAACGGCGUUGGGCUACAACACUGGGAUCGGCCUAGAUCCGGCCUGUGAAAAUCUAACGCCCCAGCAUGGAGCGCAAGCACAAACCUCGACAUCGCCCUACACGAUCUCCUUCACCCCUGCGUCUUACACCCCGGGUCAGCCGGUGUCGGUAACCAUCAGCGGAGCCCCGUUUAGAGGCUUCAUGAUCCAAGCACGUAGAGCAGCCGGGUCCUCCACGACAAUGCUCGGCUCAUUCACAGUUGUGGAUAACACAAGACAGGCGUGCAGCGGGUCGCAGGCAUUGGUUCAUUCAUCAGGCAAUGACAAAACAAGCUUAACGUUCAACUGGAUACCACCAGCCGAUGCUGCUGAUUCUGUUGUGUUUAGGGCAACAUUUGUACAAACAGAGGUAACAUUCUGGACAAAUGUAGCAUCGUGGCAGCUAAAUCCUGCUGGUAGUUCCGGUAACCCACCUUCGCUUAAUCCAGCCACACAAACGCCAGUUACUGCUACAACUACCACAGCCCAGAGUUUGGGAACUGUUGCUGCUGAUCCUGAAUGCGAUGGUACAACUAAAGGAUGUUUCACAUCUUGUACUGGCAACACCUGCAAGUUUAUUGUGAGUUGGAAGGAGGAUGGAACUGAUGUUGUCUACAAUUUUACAGCUGCUGUUGAGUUUUCUGAUGGCUCCUAUGUAGCUCUUGGCUUUUCUAGUGACUCCAAAAUGGGUGGUGACAGUGUGAUGGGUUGUGCCUUUGGUACAAAUGGUACAGUUGUGUCCUUCACUGCUGAAAAUGUGGGGAAAAUUUCUUCUACCUUUGCUGAUGGUAACGUCCAACUAGUAUCAAAAUCUUACAACAAUGGUGUCCUGAAAUGUUCACUCCGUCGACCUAUAAAUAUAGGAGGUUCAGACAAGCUCUUUAAUGUAAGCCAACCAUGGACCCUGUUGUUUGCUAGAGGACGAGCCUUUGUAGCUACAGGAGUUAGUUUGACCAACCAUUUAAGUGAAAACUAUGUCUCAGAAGCGGCUGUCACUUCUAAGUUUAGAGGCAAUGUUAAUGUGCAGGGGGAGGGUAAUCCCAUGUAUAAAGCCCAUGGCUGUUUGAUGGUUGCUGCUUGGUUGAUCUUUUCAAGUAUUGGGAUCAUCACUGCCAGAUUUUACAAGCCUGUGUGGAAAAACACAAUUUUAUCUCUCAAAGUUUGGUUCCAGAUUCACCGACUCUGUAUGGUGCUUGUAUUUUGUUUAACUGCCAUUGGCUUCAUCAUUAUCUUUGUUGAGGAGAAGGAAUGGAGUAAAGUUGAAAAUGAGGCAGAGUAUUUAUCUGGACACCCCAUCAUAGGUGUUAUAGUCAUGAUCCUGACAGUCCUUAAUCCAGUCAUGUCCUUGUUUCGUUGUGACCCUGGCACACCCAAGCGACCUCUCUUUAACUGGGCCCAUUUCAUUGUGGGAGUAUCUGCUCAUAUAUUGGCUGUGAUCGCCAUUUUCUUUGGUGUGCGCCUCAGAGGUGCUGUCACACCUUACUACACUGUCUAUAUCUUAGGGGCAUAUGUGGCCUGGAUCUUGUUUGUAGAGAUUUUAUUGGAGCUGAUCACUCUCUGUGACAAGAGGAUAAUCACUCAAGAUACUUAUGAGAUGGGAAGUUCUGACAACCCGAAAGUUAAUCCCCCAGGCUCCGAAAGUAAAAAGACAAUCUUAAUCAAGCGCGUCAUUCUUGUACUCCACUGUGUUGUGGUGGCGUCUUUGGCCGCUGCUGUCAUGGCCAUUAUUGGUGUUGGAGAGGGAUCUGAUUCAUAACACAGGAGAAAGUAGAAAUCACAGUUACAAAUAUUGUGUAUAAAUGACUAGAAUUGAUUUUACACUUUUUAAAUGUAUUAAAAAAUGUAUAUAUGUGCAUUAAAUGUAAAAUAAUUAGGAUUGUGCCUAAAUGACAAUAUUUUUUUUUAUCUGAACAUAAUCAUGGAAAAUGAUCUGCCAAGCUAAAUCAUCAUUUUGUACAUUACUGGGCAUAAGCGAUUCUAUUUUUAUAUUAUUAUUAAGAACAAAAUAUGUUAAUUAACUUUAGUUAAAUGUAUAUUUAUACUGUAUAUUUUCUUGUUUUUUCUUCUGUUAUAUUUUUUGCAUUAUUUUUCAUAACUGUCCUUCAAAAAACUUGACUAAAAAUUUUCCUUGUCUUGUUUCUUUCUUUGUCAUAAUUGACUAGCAGAUAAUUUAUAAACUCUUACAGUUUAAGCUUAAUGGUUAUCCUAUUAAGUAUUCCUAUGACCUAUAAUUUGUGGGCUAAUCUAAAUAAAAAAUGUAAUAUUAAAAAAUAAUGUACUAAAAUAUUUUGCUCGGCUGGUUCGAGAUGUUAGCAGAGGUCUGUUAUAAGAUCUCUUUGAUUUUUUUGUCCAAUGUUUUUUUUAUACUGAUGUCUUUUUUGUCUACUGUAUGUUUUUGUUACAUAGUUGAAUUUCAAAAAUAUAAAUUAUAAAAUUAUCUUAGCUAUAUUUCUAUUCAAAUGUACAUAUUUUGGUAGUAUAUUGAGCACACAGGCCCAAUUUAAUUGUAAAUUGAUUUGCUUAUUAAUCAAAAUUUUGUUUUGAAUUUUUUACAAAUACUUUAAAAUGCAAGUUAACUACACGAUGGGCAUAAAGCUGGCCACAUUAUCCCAUCAUACAGCAAGGUAUAAAACAAAUGGAUGGACUUUUAUUUCUUCUGCCUGGUGAAUCAUCAAGUCUGAGAGGAACUUUACUUUAAGUAACAAAAUUGUGAAAUUUAAACUUUGAUUUUAUAAAAUUUAAAUAAAGAUCUUAUAUUUUGAAACUACCUAAAGCUGAGAUUUACCUUGAACUAAGAAAUAUAGAAAAAUUGUUUAAGAACCUUUUGCAGUUUAGACUUUUAAAAUAUAGCCAUAAUAUAAUAAUAUAUGAAGUAUUUUUUGUUUUACUCUAUAAAAUUCAUGUAUUAUUUAUAAGACCAUAUCAAAUCAUUUUUGUGAAAUAAAAGUAUA